UGCACCACCUGUCUUCCUAAUGAUUCCACGUACAAAAUUAAUGUGAAGGCUAUUAUACAGAUCUUCGUUCUCAGUUUCAGUCGAUUUGUAAGAAAUUUGUAGUAAAACGGCCGGUCAAUUAAAAUUCAUGAACCCAACAGAACAACAUAGUCGGAGACUCCUUUUGAGUGGCUUAUCACCAAAACCCCAAGUUGAAAACACAGAGAGAACCGUAGACGUGUACGUCACAAUUAUCGUCAUGGCCAUGCUCAUCAGCACCUUGCUCAUUUCCAUGUUCAAAUGCUUAUGCGGCAGCGCGUUCAACAAUCAGUCUCCUCCACAGCCUCAAGACAGCAAUGCCACCAUCACGUCGUCAACGAGAGACGAGCUUGCCACCCUUCCUACCUUCAUCUACGGCAAGUUGUUGUCGGCAUCUUGUUCUUCCGAUUCGACAACAUCAUCACUGGGGUUAGAGACGAACUGUGCGAUAUGCUUGGCGGAGUUUUUUCAUGGAGAGGAAGUCAGGCUUUUGCCGAGGUGUAGGCACAUGUACCACAGGGGUUGUAUUGAUCAGUGGUUGCUGCUCAGAUCGUUGCACUGCCCCAUCUGUAGGGACCGUACGAUCGAGCAGGACGUGGAGCCCACGAGGACCCGUUGCACCGUUGUUGACGUUGGUGAUCCAUCCAUGUUGUUGGGUCCUAACUUUGCCAAUCACUUGCAGUAAGUUUAGGCUCCCUUUGGUUGUUGGACACACUUGUAACAUCA